AUGAACGUUCGCUCAUCUCUUCGUCCUCUCAUCUCGUCUGCUGCUUCGCGCCUCGCAACCUCGCGUCCAUCCCUUGUCCGCCUCUGCUCGUCAUCAACUCACACCUCCACCUCAUCCCCGGCCGACCCCCCCGCUAAAUUCUCCACGAUGGACUCGUACCUCAAGCAGUCGCACAACCGCGUGUUCGAGAAGAACAAGGAGUGGGCGCAGCAGCAGCUCGCCAAGGACCCGCACUUCUUCGAGAACCUCGCGGCGGGCCAGAGCCCAGAGUACCUCUGGAUUGGGUGCUCCGACUCGCGCAUGCCCGCCGAGGUCAUCACUGGUCUCGAGCCGGGAGAGGCCUUCAUCCACCGCAACAUUGCCAACAUGGUCAACAACCUCGACCUGAGCGCGAUGAGCGUCAUCAACUACGCCGUGCGCCACCUCAAGGUCAAGCACAUCAUCGUGUGCGGGCACUACGGCUGCGGCGGCGUCAAGGCCGCCAUGACGCCCCAGGACCUGGGCAUCCUCAACCCGUGGCUGCGUAACAUCCGCGACGUGUACCGCCUGCACGAGAAGGAGCUCGACGCGAUCGAGGACGGCGAGAAGCGCUACGAGCGCCUCGUCGAGCUCAACGUCGUCGAGCAGGCCCGCAACGUCAUCAAGACGGCGGCCGUCCAGCAGAGCUACAAGGAGAACCACUUCCCCAUCGUCCACGGCUGGGUGUUCGACUUCCGCACCGGCCUCCUCAAGGACCUCGAGAUCGACUACGCUUCGGUCCUUGCCGACAUCCAGAAGAUCUACAACCUCAACGAGUAG